CUUUUCUCUCUCUUUCUCUUGCUUUUUGAACAAUGCAGAGUACUGAAUUCACAACAAGUCCCUUGAGAAAGUAUAAGCUUGUCUUUCUUGGCGAGCAAAGUGUCGGAAAGACUUCCCUCAUCACUCGGUUUAUGUAUGAUACUUUUGAUAACACGUAUCAAGCUACUAUUGGUAUUGAUUUCUUGUCAAAGACGAUGUAUCUUGAGGACAAGACAGUCCGAUUACAACUGUGGGAUACAGCUGGGCAAGAACGAUUUCGUAGUUUAAUCCCUAGUUACAUCCGUGACUCAUCAGUUGCUGUCAUUGUCUAUGACAUAUCAAAUCGGCAAUCAUUUAUCAACACAUCUAAAUGGAUAGACGAUGUAAGGGCUGAGAGAGGCGAAGAAGUGAUUAUUGUUCUUGUUGGUAACAAAUCAGAUUUAAGCGACAAGAGGGAAGUAACAGUAGAAGAAGGAGAAAAGAGAGCCAAAGAGCUGCAUGUUAUGUUUAUAGAGACAAGUGCUAAAGCAGGCCAUAAUGUAAAAACAUUAUUCAAAAAGAUUGCUCAGUCUUUACCUGGUAUUGAUGGAAACACAAUCCAAUCAGACACAAAAGAUACUAUGCAAAAAAUUAAUCUUAAUAAUAGCGAAUCAACCGCUAGUAGCUGUGCUUGCUAACUUAAUGUUCUUAGUAGAGAGUUUUAAUAAAUAUAUUAAUUAAUCAUACAGUUUUUACCCCACU